AUGGACUUUCUCUGUCACUUUCUUUCUCUUAUCUCUUUACUUUUGUCUCUUUCUUUCUCUUUUUUUUUUCUCUUUAAUGCUGUCUGUUUCUUUUUUCUCUCUUUACUCCUGUCUCUUUUACAUUCUUUACUCAUGUCUCUCUUUUAUUCUCUCUCUUACUUCCUGUCUCUUUUUUCUUCUCUCUCUUUUUUCUUCUCUCUUUUUUACUCCUCUCUCUUUUUUAUUCUCUUUACUCCUCUCUCUGUUUCUUCUCUUUUUUCUUCUCUCUUUACCCCUCUAUCUCUUUUUCUUCUCUCUUUACCCCUCUAUCUCUUUUUCUUCUCUCUUUACCCCUCUAUCUCUUUUUCUUCUCUCUUUACCCCUCUCUCUCUUUUUCUUCUCUCUUUACCCCUCUCUCUCUCUUACUUCUCUCUUUACCCCCCUCUCUCUCUCUUACUUCUCUUUUACUACUCUCCUUUUCCUUCUCUCUAUCUCGCUAUCUCUCUUUCUUACUACCUUUCUUACUACUAA